AUGGUUUGCGCAGCAUCUUCUUUGACGGUGGAGUCCUAUGAGGAUGUUACCACCAGUACGAUGGCAUCUGGGACAGAAGAUACCAAGCCCCUAAAUAGGAGACGCCACUCCUCCUUUCACCCAAAACGAACAGCCAGCGAACAACUGAUGGAUGGCGAGGAAGGUUUGAUGCUCAAGGUCGAUAUAUUCCUGUCGGAACUUGAGCGCAGAUUAGAUUUCAUUGAGAAAUAUGGAAAUCUUACUUUCGAUUCGAGUAUUUCAUGGUCAUAUGCGACGCUACAGGCUGUGAGAAUGAGAUGUUCGCAGGUCUCAGGGGAGGUAAUAGGGGCUACGAAAAGGAGGGCGAGGAUUAUGGUUGAAACUGUCGAAUCGAGAUACCAAGAUGCUCUAGCAGCGCAUGAAACAUUACACGAGAAGGUUCAUACAGGUAUUGGCUUGUUAGAAGGAAUUCUGUCGGAGUUCGAAGCAAGAGCGUAUAAAGUAAAGGAGAAGGGUUUAAGGGGCACAGCAGAAAGUUUAAUGGAUGAGGGGCGCAAGAUUGUAGAUGAGGGAUUGGGAAAAGCUAGAGAAGUGGUCGAUGAAGGGUUCGAAAGAGCGAAGAAGGCCGCCGGGACGGUGGAAGAACAUAUCGAAAAUGCGAUUGCUCGCGCGAAGAAACACGGACUCAUCAGAUACGAAGACUUACCCGUUCCAUGGCGUGUCAACCCACAUAUCGUUGAAGGUUACCGCUUCACUGAAUCAAAGGUGGAAUGCAUCCAGUCGAUGUUCGGAUUAUCAAACGAAACAGUGAAUAUUUGGUCACAUGCAAUCGGCUUGCUCAUUGUUCUAUCGAUCGCAUUUUACUUCUACCCUUCCAGUCACGCAUUUUCCUUGAGUACGAAAGCAGAUGUCGUCAUCGCGGCAUGUUUCUUCUUUGCUGCUUGCAAAUGUCUAGUCUGCAGUACAAUGUGGCAUACAAUGAACAGCGUAGCUGAUCAAACACUUCUGGAAAGAUUCGCUUGUGUUGAUUAUACUGGCAUCUCAUUACUCAUCGCCGCUUCUAUCAUGACAGCCGAUUAUACGGCAUUUUACUGUGAGCCUGUAAGCCGUUGGCUAUACAUGGGUGUGACUGCUGCCCUUGGUGUAGGAGGCGUUAUUCUUCCUUGGCAUCCAACCUUCAACCGACAAGAUAUGGCUUGGGCACGCGUGGCUUUCUACGUCUGUCUCGGCGCAACUGGUUUUGUUCCUGCCCUUCAACUCAAUCUUACUCGUGGUGGAGCAUGGGCUGCGGAAUUUUACGCCCCUCUUGCCAAGAGUAUCACUGUCUAUUUACUAGGCGCAUUCGUUUAUGCUAGUCAAGUACCUGAACGAUGGUGUCCAGGCGCUUUUGAUUACAUUGGGGGUAGUCAUAACCUCUGGCAUUUUGCGGUCUUGGGUGGAAUCCUUUUCCAUUACGUCGCAAUGCAGGAAUUCUUCGCAAAUGCAUUCGCUAGGGCCGAAAAUGGUUGCACGAUGUAUUGA